AUGAACACUACGUCACUUUCAGUGAUAAGAGUCUCGUGGCUCCUCGUGCUAUGUGUAGCACUAGUAACAAGUCAAGAAGGUGAUACCCCACCUUUUGAACAUGAUAAAGAGAAUGAAGCCGAGGAAAUAGAUAGUGGACGAGUGGGGAUUGUAGCAGCGGUGACCAUCUCGACGCUCGUGGCCAUUUCCAUUCUCUUUGAGAUCGCAACGGAGCAGCUGAAAGAACACACGGAUGAACUCAAUAUGCCAUUUGUCAACACAGUGUUUGGAGAACUCACGACAUUGGGAUUUAUCGGAUUGUUGCUCUUUGUGGUGACUAAGAUUGAAGUGCUUCCGUGGCUUUCGAGAGCAGUCUUGAGUAGCAAUACAGAACUGCAAGAGAUCAUUGAAAAGCUUCACAUGGCAUUGUUUCUUUUUAUUGUCAUUUUUCUUGUACUCUGUCUCGGAUUACUCCGUCUUGGAAUGUACGUGCAGCACGAAUGGCGCGAGUUUGAACGUAGUAGUGCCGACAUUCCUUCCGUCCUUUCCGAGUAUGCACUUGUAACGGAACCACCAACUUCAUGGAUUCAUCGUAUGUCAUGGCAUCGGAUUGCAGCCGCAAGAAAAGCUGAACGGGAAGUCGUAUAUUUGGCUUUAAGACGUCGUUUUGUUGAUUACCAUUCAAAUCAUCCUGACGAAGAGACGGCACGUUUUCUUGCGAACGACUUUCAAGUUCAAGGAGAUGACUCACGAUUUCCAUUUAAUGAAUAUCUUUCAAUCAUUUCAGGUGAAGUCAUGGGACGAUUAAUUCAAAUUGACAUGGCAACUUGGCUUGCUUUGGAUGUCGUACUUGUUGCGCUAUUAGGUUUGUGUUGGCAUGCAGGACCUCGUGGUGAAGUUGUGAUUGUUUUAUUUGCUGGUUUUUCACUUAUUGCACUCAAUGAAUUUGUAUACCGUCGGGUGCAUACCAUGAGAUGUCUUCUCACUCCUCCUCGUCUUCGAUAUGAUGCGGAAAGAUUACGUCACAAACCUGAAUGGCGUUCAUUACAUCAUUUACCAUCACUUCCUUCAAACAAUGAAAAGUCAUGGCUUUUGGCUGAUUCUGACCAUGAGAUCAAUAGUUGGAUUCCACCUUAUGUAAAAAUGCUUCCUAAUGGUGGACGUGAUCUUUCAAUUAAAGAUCUACAACGUCUUCAACGAAGUCUUAUUGGUGCUGGAUCAGGCAAUGGGGUAGUCUUAGCUCUUUUUUCGACCCGAUUGGUAUUUUUACUUACGGCAUUGCAUUUAUCAACGUUCUUACUUCGCGAAAUAGAUCACAUUGCGAAUCUUUUUGGGGACCAUUAUGCUAUUGUGACGCUUUUAUGGACUUUAUUUUUGCUCCCUAGUAUCGCUGUUCCUUAUAUGUCCACUCGCAUUGCACGGGAUGGGUUAUUAGCAUUUAAUGUGGAACAUCUUAAAGUCUCGCAAGUGAUCGUACAAGUUACUCGACUCCUUCGUGCACGACAAACAUUACGAACUCUUCGUUUUGUCGCUGAAAUGAAAAUUCAUUUACGUGAAAAUGUACGACGCAAUAAUGACCAAAUAUUAGUUGAGAUCGACAAUAAAUCCGAUGUGCCAGUUCAACAACUAAAUCGUCGACGUUCCAGCAUUGUGCCAAUUGAUGCCAGUGCCACGUUCAAUGCUGCUCGUCGUCGAUCUUCAAUUCAUCUUGAUCCAUUCGUUACUGCAGGAGUAUUGCGGUCUAUCCAACAAACACCUUUACCGCUUCCUACAUCCCCUCAAGCAAUAAUUGAACCACCUUUAUCUCCAAUAGCUGCGUACUUAACACCACGAGAAAAACGUGGGGAUGCGUACCGUCGAGAAAUGGAACGACGUGAGAUUCAUACCAUCUUUUGUCUUUUUGAUGUUGAUGGGUCUGGCUCUGUCUCACGAGAUGAAAUGGCUAGUCUUUUACUCGCAAUUACCCACGAUUUAGAUGAUAUGCAACUGACUCGGUUAAUGACCGAUUUAGUUACGGAAGAGAUAGAAACGGACACUAAUGGAAACAAUGACAAUAAUAUUGUUGUGGAAGGACCAGAGGAAAUAACAUUUGAGGCUUUUUAUAAGUGGUGCAAUGCUCGAAUCCAAGAAAGUCGACAUUCGAAAGAAGAGUUGGUGGAAGAGAUUUUUCAUAUGGUCGAUGCUGACAAUAGUCGAACGAUCUCGGUAGACGAGUUUGUUUCAAUCUUUAAAACAUUAGGUCAAGCACUUGAUCAUGAUGAUGUACGGGAACUUGUCUACCAAAUGGAUCGCAAUGGUGAUGGCAAGAUUGAUCUCGAAGAAUUCAGCAAAAUGUUACAGAAACACGAAGUCUAA